CUCGUUGUUCUGUUCAAGUUCAACACCGUGUUUCUGUCACAUACAUUUUUCAAACUUGUAUAUUUACUUGCGGUUAUCUUUCCAACAAUUAAAUAACAUCGUAAAAUCGGCAAAAUAUCAAUUCCGGAAUCAAUAUGGUGCCGGGAAGACCGCCAGUUCCUGAUAAUCCACUGGGACUUUCAUGGCAUGACAGUGCCUUGAUCCCGAUGCUAAAUCCGACCAACAUAAUGGAGUAUUUUUCGGAAAAAAGCAAUCCGUUUUAUGACAGAACUUGCAAUAACGAAAUAGUCAAAAUGCAACGUCUCAAUCCAGAGCAGUUAACAAAUAUGACAGGCCUCGAGUACAUACUGUUACACGUUCAAGAGCCAAUACUUUACGUGAUAAGGAAACAAGAACGUCAUUCACCUACCCAAGCCACCCCUUUAGCGGAUUACUACAUCAUAGCAGGCGUAGUUUACCAAGCACCUGACCUAGGAUCUGUCGUCAACUCAAGACUGUUGUCGACUGUUCAUCACUUGCAAUCAGCCAUUGAGGAAGCAAGCUCUUGCUCUAGAUACCAUCCUAGCAAGGGUUAUACGUGGGAUUUUAAGAAUGGAAAAUCCCUGCCAGCGAAGAAAGAAGUACCAGUUAGAGAAGAGCCUAGUUCGUUGUUCCAGCGUCAAAGAGUUGAUAUGUUACUGGCUGAGCUGACCCGUAAAUUUCCUCUACCUGUACCAAAGCCGAUACAGCCAGCCCCUGAAUCUACUGUGGAGGUUAAACAAGAAAUCAAAACUGAGAAGAAGGACAUGAAACCGCCACCCGAAAAGAAGCCAAGAGUUAAUUGAAUUUGUUUUAAAUAUUAUGAAAGUGGAUUAUGCUGUGCAAGUCUGAAUGUCAAAUAAUAUUAGUGAAACUAGUUCUACUGUUAAUUGUAUGGAAAAUUUUUAUUAGCUUAUUUAUGAUUUGAAUUGAGAAUAAGAUUCCAAAUAA